AUGGUUCACGACAUCGUUGUGUUUUCUGGGAGCUCACAUCCAGGACUUGCUGAGAGAAUCUGCCACAACUUGUCCCUAGAUAAAGGGAAGGUCAAACUAGGGAAAUUCAGUAAUGGUGAAACCUCCAUUAGUGUCAAUGAAUCUGUUCGUGAAAAAGAUGUCUAUGUGGUGCAAAGUGGCUGUGGUCAUGUUAAUGAUAAUUUCAUGGAGCUAUUAAUCAUACUAAGUGCCUGUAAAACUGCUUCUGCUAAAAGAGUCACUGCUGUUAUCCCAUUAUUUCCUUAUUCAAGACAACCUGAUAUCCCAUAUACUAAGAAAGGUGCUCCUUUAGUUUCAAAACCAAAAUCUGAAUACACUUUUGAAAGUGUACCAAACACCCCAAGAGCAAAUUCUAGAAAUUCUAAUUUUGAAUCAUCAUCAUUUGAAACUCCUCAAAAGGAAAUCCAACCAAGUGAAUUAAUUCAUCAACAACCACCUCCAAGUUUUAAUCUUGAACAACCAACCCCCAAAAACCAUCAUCAUCAUCCUUCUCGUAUCCCAAAAAUCCCAGAAACUAAUCAAAAUAGUACAAGUGAUGGUAACACGAAACCAAUCUCAAUAAAUUCUGGUUAUAAACAAUGGGUUGCCCAAGCUGGUACUUUAGUUGCUGAUUUAUUGACAUGUGCAGGUGCUGAUCAUAUAAUAACUAUGGAUUUACACGAUGCUCAAUUUCAAGGAUUUUUCGAUAUACCUGUUGAUAAUUUAUAUUCAAAACCAAUUUUACAACAUUAUAUCUCUUCAAAAAUUCCAAAUUAUCAAGAUGCUAUAAUAGUUUCACCUGAUGCUGGUGGUGCCAAGAGAGCUACUGCAAUUGCAGAUACUUUGGGUAUGUCAUUUGCUUUGAUUCAUAAAGAACGUCGUUCUCAUCAAAGUAGUCGUCAUCCUUCAAAUGUCAAUAGUAAUAAUGAGUUGAAGAGUGUUGCCUUACAACCUAAUUUAUCAAGUGAUAGUGGAUUCCAAAUCACCACAGUGGAGAAAAAAUUAAAAUAUGCUACAACAAUGUUGGUUGGGGAUGUUAAGGGGAAAGAAUGUAUUUUAAUUGAUGAUUUAGUGGAUACUUCAUAUACAAUUACAAGAGCUGCAAAAUUAUUAAAAGAUCAAGGUGCUAAGAAAGUUUAUGCUUUAAUUACUCAUGCUAUUUUCAGUGGCGAUGCACUUAAAAGAGUUAAAGCUUCAGCUAUUGAUAAAUUAAUUGUUACAAAUUCUGUUCCGCAAGAAGAUCAUCAAAAAGAACUGGGUGAUGCUUUAGAAGUUCUUGAUGUUUCAAGAAUUUUCGGGGAAGCUAUUAGAAGAAUACAUAAUGGUGAAUCUGUUUCAAUGUUGUUUGAUCAUGGUUGGCCAUAG